ACGAACCGCCGGCCGUACGUACGUAGACCAAAACAAUGUCGCUUCGGUGAUGUUUUCCCCGCGCAGAAAGCUCUUCCCGGUACCCUAAGUCUAGUAGGUUUCUGCCAGCGUACACUGGUCAGUGACACCUUUGUUCGACGCAGAUAUAUAAGUUUCCGGCGAAUGGCUGUCCCGGGUUGGAGGGUGUUUACCUAUAAGGUUGUUGGACUGAGGGUCAGAGGGCGGACAGGUCGUCUUCCCUACCUGCCAGCGAUUCUGACAACUCAAGAACGAUCAUGCAGUGUCCAGUCAGCCCGAUAUGAGACCCAAUAUGAACCCAGCCACAUGGUGGACUUUGCUGACUCAAGCAAGGUGUUUGUGACGAAGCCUACAUGGGAGCUCGCCAGGGCCGUGCUGGUCCUACAGAUGUGCUCGUCUGACGCCGUGGUGGACAACAGCCUCAGGUUAAUGCAAAUCGGCCGCCGGCUUCUUGGCCAGACGUUGUUCGGUUACCUGAUGAGAGCCACCUUCUACGGCCAGUUUGUCGGAGGAGACACGCCUGACAAAAUGGCAGCAACUUUCAGCAGACUGAGGGAUGCCGGGAUACAUUCUAUGCCCCUUUUAACAAUAGAAGAAAACGUUGGGGACAGAGCACAAGUCGAGGAACGUUUCUAUGACAACAACGCGCAGUACUACGUAGACACCAUCAGGAGUACGACCGAUAUCCUGGCUCGACACGGCGCGCAUGCGCGGCUCUUCCAGAUGAGGCUCACGUCGUUCAUGCAUGCGCAACUGCUAGUGACAUUGAGUCAGCAUCUGUUAGAAGACCCCAGUUCAACAGAGUUGUCAGUCGAACACCUGUCUACGGGACUGUGUGAUGACAACAAGCACUUCCACUUGUCCUUCCUGUCUACCGAAGACAACGAACACCUCCGGAACGCCCUCGUGCGACUGCACGCCGUCUGUGCACAAGCGGAGUCGUGUGGCGUGCGGAUGUUGGUUGACGCGGAGUACACGUCCAUGAGACCGGCCAUCACCCGCCUGGUACUCGCCAUGAUGUACAGGUGGAACCGGGACCGGCCGCUCGUCUGGAACACCUACCAGUGUUACCUCAAAAGCACAUACAACAAUGUACUAGAGGACACGGCUCUUGCUCAGCAGCACGGCUUUUGCUUCGGCAUCAAGAUCGUACGGGGGGCUUACAUGGACCACGAGAGGGCCGUGGCGAGGCAGAUGGGACAGGAAGAUCCCAUCCAUCCUACGUACGACGACACCAGUUCCAUGUACCAUCGCGUACUGGACAGAACGCUGCAGUUUGUUAAAGACAGCCAGGGGGAGCAGCUUAACGUUAUAGUUGCCACUCAUAGCGAGGAGACUGCCAAACAUGCAGUUAGAAGGAUGCAGGAGUUAGGGAUCCAAAAGAAUGACAGCCGUGUCUGCUUCGGCCAGACGUAUGGGAUGGCCGACCAGAUCUCUUAUCAUCUAGCUCAAGCCGGUUAUGCAGUGUACAAGUCCGUAGCAGUGGGUCCGCUGCACACGACCAUCGCCUACCUGAACCGGCGCGCCCAGGAGAACAGGACCGCUCUGAGAGGGCUGCGCAGGGAAAACCGGCUUCUGUGGGCCGAGAUGGGCCGGAGGGCACGCCACCCUCUCUCAUGGUGGAAACAUUGACAGGCAGUCAAGUUUGCCUAUGUGAUUUAUUCUCACACCAUAUGGUG